AUGGCCGGUGGACCCCGAGGUGUCCGUGCUCUCGGUCCUUUAGCCUCUGUUAUGCGGCUCUUGCAAUCUUACUGCGCCGAGAUAGGCCGAAAUAGGCAGAGGGCCAGCACAUACCCCUCUUCAAAGAAAGCCUUUGAUGGCUGA